UCAUGAGAUUCUCAAAAUAAUUCGCUUUUCGAGAGAAACACCUCUGUUUACGAUUCACACUUCAAAUUCAAACUAUCCCUUCUGUUUAAGCCUAGGUUUUCCCAAGAAUAUGAGCACCCAGAUUAUUCACCGAAACAUGGGCCAAGUCAUCCAAGAAGAAGAAGAAGAAGAUAGAAUCAGCAGAUUGCCUGAUGAACUGCUCUCUCACAUCCUCUCCUACCUCGAUUCUGAUGCCGCUGUACAGACCUCCGUCCUUUCAAAACGAUGGGUAAAUCUAUGGACUACUCUCCCCUCUCUCUUAUUCAAAACCAACACCCAAUAUUUUAAUUCCGAUAACUAUGAUCUCGGUUGCAAAUUUAUCACUAAUUUUCUCAAUUCUCGAAACCAAGAUACUGUUCUUUCCACUAUUAAGGUCCAUUGCAUUAAAAGCAAUGAUGAAUGCAUUUCAGCAUUGUGUUUAGACUAUGCACUUGCGAACAAUGUUGAGAAUUUACGCUUGUGCGGCGGAAAAUUCAGGGAUGCCAUUUGUCUUGAGUCUGAUUCCCUUAAAACAUUGCAUCUUACUUGGUGUGGGAAAUUUCAGCCAAUUGAUGAUUGGGUGUUGCCCUCUUUGAAUUCCUUGUAUCUUCGGCAUGUUUGGUUUGGGGAUCACGUUUCGGGGUUUGAGAACUUGAAGGAAUUAACUCUGUCGGGAUGCUCUGAAUGUUGGUGGAAUUUUGAGGGGGAUUUUACUAUAAACUGUGUAAAUCUCGAACGGCUUGCCUUGGGCCCUGAUAUCUCACAUUGUGAUAUGGCUGUUUUUGCGCCAAAGCUAUCGUACUUUGAAUUUCGUUCUGGUCAUGUACCACAGUUCUCUGCGGGGGAUGGAUUCCCUUGUAUAAAAGAAGUGGAUAUUGAUAUUGAACUUAGGAAUGAUGAUUUCGGGGGUUUAUCAGAAGACGAUGAGUACAGGAUGGCGUCUGCUAUGCCAAAUUUUAUUUCUAUGUUAGAUGCAGUCAGGGAAACUCCGGUUCUCAAACUUUCAAGUGAAACAAUUCAGUUUCUUCGCAGGGUUCCAGAUCUUUCAGAAUAUCAGCCGUCUCCAUUAUGCAACCUCAAGUUUCUCUACCUGCAAGGCCUUGAUGAAAUUCCCUCCAGGUCCACUGAUUAUGUCAUUAACUACUUGCUCAGUAAUUCCCCUCAUGCUGAGAUUCUCAAAGGUAAUCUUGGACGGAAUCAGAAAUUUGUGAGGAUUGAUCACUAUAUCACAGACUUGUAAGGAUGGUCGCCUUAUCACGUCUCAGUGAUAUGCCAUUGCCAUGAAAAAUGCUAGCACCAAUGAAUUACCAGAAGUGCAGAACUAUCUGGCUGAUUGUAUAUCUUUUAUCUCUAAGAACCUUUUUAUGGAUAUCUCAGAAGGCUUUGUUUUGUUCUUUUCUAUUACAGGUUGUCAAUCAAAACGAAUUACUAGAUGUUUUAUUGUUUAAGUGUGAUCCACAGAGCAUACAUCUCCUUCGCACGA